AUGCCAGCCUCCGAGACUCCUCCGCUUGCACAGCUCGGCCCCAGCCAGUUCUCUGAAAUUCGCCUCCGCAUCACGGCAAGCAUUGACCUGUACCCGGCCGACAUGGACCGGCCAGAGAUACGCCAACAACAACUGUCCAGCCAUGACUGGCUGACAGGUUGGCGAAUUCGAGGUGGCGUGGGAUCUGAAGCACAGCAGGAUCGCUAUGCCUUAUAUUCCACCGAUCACCACCUUCAGCUGCGGACAAUGAAACGUGGUUGGAGCAUCAACGAGCUUGUGGCGGAUGUUGCAGGGGUGAUCCCUAGACUCAGAUCGGUCCGACUUUUGGUGGAUCGACUUGAUGGGCUGCCAGCCAUUCAGAUCGCAGCCACGACGCGAGAGGAUUUCCAGCUCGUUUUGCCUGACAAUACCCCCCUGCGUGCUCUCCCGGGACAUGAGGAGGUCGAGGAGGAAGGUGACCAGGGCCCAGUGCUCCACCCGCAGUGCUGCCAGGGCUACCGCAAGGCUGUGAAAGACAUUGAGUCCUUGCGACCCGCUGUCCAGUACACAAUCGUGCCACCCAAUGUCAUUCUGGCCCAGCCUGCCUUGACCCCUAACGUUGCAGUUGGAGGUGCAAGCGCGGACCACACGGAGCAUUCAAGGUUUUACACGAUCUUCGAACCGCGCAUCGAUUUGCGUCAAAGACCCGCUGAUCCGUCAUGGCAGCUUGCUGACUAUGUCGCGGACGCGGUCCGCCAGCUGCCUGUGCCUGUUCGCAUGGUGUUCAUCCUUUCCAUGCCGCUACCAUCCUUUGCCACGCCGCAGCUUGUGCUGACCUUACACUCUGCCCUGCCGCGCGCCAGAUCAUUGCCUGUGGAUUUACGCAGUGUCGGUGGCAUGGUUCAUACCAUUGAACUUCUGCCACAGUGCAGCCCUACAGACGUUUGGGCCGCCCUCAGGGACAAAGGCAUUGACCUGUCUAGGCAAUGGGAGGCGGCACAUGAGGCUGGACAUGUCCGUUUCCUUAACCAGCUAGGACACGAGGUUGUGGAGUGGGGUGCUGAUGAUGAUAGGCUUGAGUGGGCUGAGCUGACUGCCACGACUGCUGAAUGGCAGGAAAGCAUCAUCACAUAUGGCAGCACAGAGGCACAGGCACUGAUGGACAGGUUCACCAGCACAAGAACUACGACCGCCAUGGGCCCUAGCCACGAGGUUGAACCUCGGGACCCCCCGACAUUGCUGCGGGCCCUUGCGCCUGUUGAUGCUUGCUCAAGCCAUUCCCUGGCUGGCAUCCAGGUCUUACCUGCUCAUCUAGCCAGCCAGAGCUUGUCUACCAUUUCGGCAGCAGACCUUUGCCUUUACGCUCCUGCGGCACCCGCUGAUGAUGGUACCAGACCCUUCACGGUCUUUGUUCUGGGAAAUUCCCCAAUUAUUCGGACAGCCGAUCCACAAUGGCUCAUGUGCAGAUUUCUGACCGAGGCCAUGUCGAUCUCCGACCAGGCUGUCCGUCAGGUUCAGUUUCUUCCCCUGUCGAUGCCGGACUUGCCCACUCCACAGUUCGUCAUCACUCCGACUGCCAGCCUUCCUGGCACAAUCAUUUUGCCAAUCGACGCCAGAGAACUGGGAGGCUCGAUUUGCACUGUUGCUGUUAGCGAGGGUGAGCCCGGUCACAGCAUCAUGUCAUCCGUUGCCACUGCUCAGCCAAACAUCCUUCAGGCGAUCCAAGCUUUGCUUGCUUUUGACGCUGUAUUCCUGCAGGAUGCUGCCGGUCAGGUAUGGGAUAGUGGCCCCCCGGAGAGUGCGGCUUCCAGCUGGCUGGCCCUCCGCUGUGACCAGGCUAGGCUGCAACAGGCGCCACCUUCCUUGAGGCGCAUGAUUGCUCCCGCGACAACAAGCACUACGACGGCUGCCUACGCUGCGCAUGGCCCUGAGCCCAUUCUCACUGUCGUCUUGGCGGGGGGAGGCCUGCUCCUGCGUUCGGUGCCCCUUCCACUGUCCCAGGAACCUGUGAUCUCUGUUGCGGCGUCAAUGCCCAGGUCUGCUGCGAGUUCUCACCACCACAUGAUCGGUUUUAUCGUGACUGAGAUGGAGGACGCAGACCGCGAGGUGGUCAUUUUACAAGACCCUUCGAUGGAUGGGUCAUUGUUGUCAGCGGUGGCAAUAGACAGAGGGACGUUCAUCGAAUCCAUGGUUGCUCCCGCGCAAGCAAGAAGGGGCUUCGCAGCUGCACUCAAUGGAGCUCCCCAAGAUGGGGCUAGAAGGCACCUGAUAACUGGAGACUUCAUCCAGAUAUAUCAGAGGCCGUUGGCAGCCCGCACAUGGCCAGUGGCACACAUGUACUCCAUACUCCCCGCCCUGCGUCUUUUCGCGUUGCCAAUCAGACUGCCAGGGGCACGGAGCUUCCUUGGACGCUUGCCUGCAAACGCUGACCGAGGCCAGGCACGGCGGGACCUCCUUCAAGUGAUAGAGCUCCGAAUGCUCGAACAAGCAAUGGAUCUAGGAGAGCCAGGGCCAGGUGGGUACCCAGUGGUCGUCAUGGGACCCGCACAUGUCCCCAUGAUGGUGUACGUUCCAGAAGCGAGCCCAAGCCACGAGGCUACCAUGAGGUUCCUGACUUACUCGGGCCUCUUCACGCCAGGUACGACGUAUGCUGCCACGACUGCCCUAUCAGGCACGAUGCCGAUUGUGGUUAGCAUUCCGCCUCAGGAUCACCUGCUCACUGCCCUGUAUCCGACCCCGGAUACGACAACUACUUGGCUACAGCUAUCGAUUAGCUCCGAAGUCUCUUUGCACAGCUUGGGCCUGCCAGUCCGGAGAGGCAUGGAAUUGGUGUACCCUCCGAGACUGACGCAUGCCACCGUCCUGCAUGAAAGAGUUGCAAGAAGUGGUAGCAGGCCUCCGACAAGAGAUCCAGCUGACAUGUCGUUGAUACAGACCCGUGUGCAACUCUCCAGCGCGCCGCGCCACACUGAUACCGCUACUGCAACGGCAUCCGGAGUGGCCCAACAGAUCCCCACCCCUCUGGGUCGCCGUCUCAUUCGGCCCCUCCCGCCUACAGAGCCAAAAGAUAAAGAUGGCCAGGAUCGAGACUCAGGCGUGGUGCAGCAAAUUGAGCUGUCUUCGCUUAUUCCCGUUCCCCCUCCAGCCAUCACCUGGGAGGUUAAUCCGGAGAUCUGUGAUUUCUGUUUGGCCGCACACAGCCUCAGCUCCAUGGAAGGUUGCCCGAGCAGGUACGGGAAGAUUCCUACCAGGGUGCUCAGCCUAUGGAAUAAGAUUCCACUUUGGCACCCUGGUCGGCCUUGCGAUGAGCUCUUUCUUUUCACAGAUGGUUCCUAUACGGCUGCUAACCGGAAACCGACCUGGGCGGUUGUGCUCGUUAUCCAGGGGCUUUCCAUGACCACUGCAACCGACAAAGUCGCCAGAGCUGCCAUUGGCCUGAAAGCACUACUGGCUACUCAAGGCAAGCAGAUUUACCUGCACAAAGUCCUUGCCCAUGACAACUGUGCACUCAAUGACAUGGCUGAUGCGGCGGCGAAAGCCGUCGAGCGCGACCCCGCGGUCACCGCAUCUGCCCUGACUUUUGAGAACUUCUGGUCGGCAAUUAAUGAGGGAAUAGUUGAUCACCUGUGGAUGGUGCCGGACUGCCCCCAUACCGCUGCCUCCAUGCCGCCCCUCCGAGAAGAUGGCACAUGGUCGCGGGCCAACUGCCAGAUUUCCUGCCCAAAGCCGCUGACACGGCUCUUUGGAAUGCAGCCAGAAGAAUCACAGUGCGGCAUUGCCGACAUUUGCCUGCGUCUCCUCCAAUAUAAUCCGUUGUCCCUUCGCGGCAGCGGAGCGACCGAGCUCAUGGAGAUUGGCCUGCGCAAGCAUAAGAUCGACGUUGCCGGAUUUCAGGAGACUCGUCUUGAUAUGAAAGGGAUCUCAACCAUCGGUUCCUACUGGGUUUUGUCUGCGGCUUGCACUGACAAAGGCAUAGGGGGAGCCCAGCUCUGGAUACGCCACAGUAAACACUGGGACAGACAGGCGUUCUCCAUCGUGCAUGCUGAGCCACAGAUCCUUAUCGUCAUUGGAACCUACAGAGGUGUCCGCGUCCAGCUAGUCUCCGCACAUGCGCCACCAGCGUGUUCGCCUGAGCCUGCUAUUCUCGACUGGUGGUCCCACUUCUCCACGACCCUCCACAGGGCACCUCCCGGCUGUGCCCCUCUGCUGUUCCUAGACGCCAACGCCACGUUUGCCCGCGAAGCUGGCGUCCAAGAAACAGUUGAUUCCAAGCCAACAUGUGCCAACUCCAAACAGUUGCUCCAACUUGCCUCUGCAAAAGGUCUUUAUCUGUCCCCUCACUCCCUCAAGACAGGCGAGGCCUUGCAGUCAUGGACCAGCCCGCAGGGACAUAAGAAGCUGAUCGAUUACUUGGCUGUGCCCGACAACUGGGAGCCUGCUUUUGAGGCGUGCCCAACCCCCUGUUUAGGCGAUUUACAUGCUGACAUCGAUCAUCAGCCAGUUAUGGCGCAGGUGACGGCCAAGGUCCAGGCUAGAGUCGAUCAGAAAGGUCCCAGCCUAGAAGCCAAGAUCUGGGGUAACCCAGUGAACCACCAAGUUGCCGCUGCGGCUGCUUGCACUUGCCCUAUUGUGCAAUGGGAGACUGACAGCACCGCCCAUGUGGACACCCUACACAGACACCUUCAUGGUGUUGUCUCGGCUCAGGCGGUCAUUGACACCAAACCGCCCCGCAACCCGGCACUGUCAGCACCGACCCUUGCCCUGAUACGAGCACACCGACACUUGCGGCGCUGCACACGCCAUGCCAUGCGGACUGCCGACCGCGCAUUCUUGCAGCUCUGCUUGCAUGCUUGGGCAUACAAGGACCGAACUGCCUCUCGCCUCCUUGCAGCUGACCGCCGGGACAGGAUAGCUGCUGCGCGGCGCUGGGCCACCCAAUACCGCCAUGGUAAACAGAUGCGAAGGGCAAUGUGGCGCGACAAGGCGGAAUUCACUCGCGCUGGCAUUCAGGAGGCUCGAUCGGCGGGUCCCUCGACCUUCGCACACAAACUCCGUGCAAUUCUGCGCACCGGCCGCCGGUACAGAGCCCCGCCACUUCUGCCCUGCCUCUCGGACGAACCUGAGUGUCCGAUGACCAAAGACGCCGUUGCGGACAGCUUUGGUGCCUAUUUUGCUAAGGCUGAGAGGGCGAAAUCCCAGCCGGUUGCCGCCCUACUACAGAGGAGUUGCCAGGCUAGACCCGUUGAAGGUUGUUUGACUGGAAAAAACCUUCCAUGUCUAGCCGAACUUGCGGCCGGGUUCGCCAGCCUGCAAAAUGGCAGAGCACCGGGCUUGUCAGGUCUAGUCCCGGAGGUUUUCAGGUCCAACCCCCUCAUGCUAGCCAUCCACUAUUAUCCGGUGAUGUGCAAACUCCUUUUGCGAGACCCCGCGCCCUUCCAAUGGCGCGGAGGCGCAUCUGUCUGUGUUCCCAAACCUGGCAAACCAGCCACGCAGCACCAGGGCUAUCGGGCUAUUAUGCUCUUCGAAUGUGACAACAAAGCCCUGCAGAAAGCCAUGAGACCGUCUUUGCUUGGGGCCAUGGACCGCAUGAGCGUCCCAGACCAAAUGGGAGGACGACCACGUCGUACCUUGGCCAUGCCCUCGGCCUGUGUCAAGGCGCACCUGCAUGCGCUACGGAGAACCAAGCAAAGUGGGGCUGUCAUUUUCAUUGACUCUGCAGCCGCGUAUUACUCCAUAGCCAAAGACAUCCUGGAACUCACGCCUCAACAGAAAGCCGACAGCCGGCUGCUGCAUUGCAGGGCUGCUUUGCUCUUCGAUGACGUGCGCCUCCAGUCUGAAUUUGUUGCUAUUGUUCAAGGGAGCACCAACGAACUCGAAGAGGCUAUGACCCCAGAGCUACGACGCUUCCUACAACAACAGCUCGAUACGACAUGGUAUGUCUCCCGUCGCAACAACAACAGUGCUUACGUAGCUGGAAGCGGGACCGCACCAGGAUCCCCUUUGGCCGACGUCAUGUUCUCGUUGGUCUUUGGCAGGGUCUUGAAAAAGACGGCCGCUUUCCUUCGUGACCAGGGCCUGCAGGCCUCUAUUGCUACUACGGCCCCGGGUGGACAUGGAUUCACGCCAACCUGGGCCGACGACGUAAGCAUUCUACUCCAGGCGUCGGCCCCGGAGACCGUUAUGACUGCGGUUGCUCAGACCAUGUCCUUCUUCCUAGCGGAGCUCAGGCAAGCCGGCCUCAAGGCAAACAUGGGCCCUGGCAAAACUGAAGCUCUUCUGAGCAUCAAUGGUCCUGGGGCCCGACGAGUGCGACAGCAGAUAUUCUGUCAAGACUCCCCCGCCAUCGACCUCAGGUCAGGUGAUGGCGAGGGCGCGAUCCGGGUCACGGCCUCGUACGAGUACUUGGGCUCACUCGUACAAGCCGAUGGACAUGCGCUCCCUGCUAUUCUCCAUCGACGCCGGCUUGCUCGUGAGAUGUUCCGACCGAUCAAGAACAGGAUGCUGCGAAACCCGGCGCUGACCAUGCAGGAGAAGAUCGACCUUGUUCGUAGCCGCAUCCUCACCCGUUUCUUUUACGGGUCAGGAUUGUGGACUCUCGGAACACAACGGGAGCAAGACACGGUGGAGGAGACCGUUUAUGGCUUCUACCGUGGGGCCUUCAGACACAUCCUGGCGGUGUCUGGCCAAGGCUACAGCAACACUGAGCUCGCCGGCGCCUUGUGCCUACCCACGCCAGAAGAGCUUCUCAAUGUGGAACGCACACGCACUGUGGUGCAGCUGGCGCGGGAAGGGCUUUCCACAGUCCUACAAGAGCUGGCUCAGGAUGUUGUUUGGUGGACACAGGCGGAGGAAGCAGUGCGAGCGAUUGGGCUCACGGAGACUGGUGCCUCCCUGUCCGACUUCCUUCCCAUUGCCGUGCACCUUCCGCCAUCUGAGGUGCGGGCCAAAUGCAAGCUCUACCUCACCAAUGGAAUCCGAUCCCGCUGGAUUCCUUUGGCCAAGGUACAGCCCAGACCGGUCUGUGACACGGUCCAAAUCACGGCAGCGUCCGGCCCUCAGCUGCCUUGGGCAUGCCCGCUUUGCCCAUGUGCUUUUGCCACCCGCAAAGAUCUGGCAGUUCAUGAGUCCCGAAGGCACGGGAAGCGGGCGCAGCACGUUUUGUGCGCCGUGGGAUCUAG